AUGUCUGCAUCGCUAGCACCAGAAUGCAAUGAUGUCAAAGAACGUUACGAUACUUGCUUCUUGAAGUGGUACAGCGAGAAGUAUUUGCGCGGUGCAGAGAAAAAUAGUCAAGAAUGCGCUGGCUUGUUUGCAGAGUACCAGAAGUGCCUCAAGGUGGCGCUCAAAGAUCGAGGCAUCGACAAGUUGCUAGACGAGGCUCGCGAGGACAACAAAGAGAAUGAUGUGAGAUUACUAUCUCCAAAAAACGACUAG